UCACUUUAACAACGCAGCACACAAAACUAACGAAAAUAUAAAAGCAACAAAAAAAAAAAGGGCUCUAAUUUCCUAACAGCAGACACAUUUAACUGCCGUAUUUAGUUAGUUACUCUUGAAUAACAAAUGGCGCAGCGUCCAGUUGAUCAGCUGUUGCAUUUGCAGCUGCCCGAUGUGAAUGUGGAGCUGGUCAAUGUCAUCAAUUUGCCAGACGGCGAUGGCGAUGGCGAUGCACCCAAUGACAACUUCGAGCGGCAUUUGGAUGAGGCGCAAAUGCAGGCCAUACGCGCUGAGAAUCCACAAGUGGCCAUGUUCCUGGACGCACCGCAUGAGCCGCCCAUUGAGCUGCACCACAUGCUGGAGCCGGUGAACGGGAACGUGCCUCAGCGGCCGCGCAAGAAACGCAGCUUUCUGACCAUCUCAAAGCCAUUUCAUGCGCAGCCGGAGAGAUGCGCUCUCAUCGCAGAUGGCUGGCGGGCCAUCCAGUGCGUACGGCCGGAGCAACGCUGCGAAUACUUUAUCAACUACAUGGACGAGCAUUUGAACACUCGAAACUAUCCCAACGGCGAUGGCCUGCCCACACGUUGGGGUCAGUAUUAAACGCACACACACACACACAAACUCAGAAUAAAAUGCGCU